AUAAAAGUUUGUUUUAUGUUUAACCUGUUAACAUAAACAAAUAAUAAAGUGAAAUUGAACAACCGAAUUAUAAAUUUAUAUCUGUUAGCGGCAUUGCUAUUUCGCCUUAAUUCUGUCGAUUCGAUGAGAUUAACAUUUAUAAUUUUAGAAAUUAAUCGUUACACGUUGUAGACAGAGUUAUAAUGAUUUGCAAUUGCUAAAAUCAUUGUCUGCUAAAAACCAUAAUAUUUAAGCCUUUUUUAUAAAUGCAACUAAUUAAUAAUCCGAAAUUUUGUUCUGUAAAUGUAAGUCAGUAAUAUUCUUUGUUUAUCAUUAACGUUUGAUUAUCUAUUAUUGAUACUGCAAGUGAAUUUUGCAAAUUUUAUCUAAUAAAUCAAUGUAUUAUACGUCGUACGUUGUAUUUAUAGAUUUCAAAGAUUAUCUCUUUAAAUUAUGCCAAUAUCAUGCAUGUAUAUUAAAUUAAAAAGAAAGAUACAUUUUAGCUGCUAAUAUCUAAUUAAUUAAUACACAGCAGGAGACAUGGAAGAUAUUGAUGCCAAGAGAAACGCCAGAAGAAGGAGAAUUUUGGAAAAUUCAGAGAAACGGUUAUUAAAAAUUACUGGUAGAGAGAACGAUAAUGAAUCAAAGGUCCAGAAUAUACAUUUAAAUUCGUUCAGGGAAACAUUCAUUAUUCCAUGUAUACAAAAUGAAAUUUUACAUCCAAGUAUAAAUAACGAUAUAUCAGGUAUUGACAGUACUUCAUAUGAGACAAAAAGUUUGUCAUCUCCGUUAUUAACAAAUCGUAUAAAUUAUGUAUUAUUGGCUGUUAUUGUCAAUAUACUACUCAUAUUACAACUGGAUCAUUUAUUUGGAAAAACAAUCACAAUACCAUGCUUUCUAGUAAUGCUGGGACGUUUGUACAAUUAUAAGAAUACGCGAGAAAUGCAAGAGAAUAAUCUACUGUAUGCUGCUUUGAUCUUAUGCAAUAUUAAGCCUGAGUUAACUUAUCAAUUAAAAAAAUUAGUAACAAUAAGUCAUAUGAUAGUUGGAGAUUUAGCUUUAUACAUUUUCAGUUUCACAUUAAUAUAUUAUGGAUUCUUUUACUGUUUAUAUAAUACAGAUAUUCCUAUUAUCUUAACCGUGUAAAUUACAUAUGAAAUGUAAUUAAACACAUGAUCCGUAAA